AUGACCGACUCGAUUACUUACAAUUUGCGCGGGGUACAAAAUGAUACUAAAUUUGAACGACCAACUAAGGAUACCAGCUGUUCAGCGACGCAAAUUGUGGUGCGCAAGGCCAAACAGCUUCGUGAAUCACGCGAAAGUGAUGAGGCACACAGUAAGACUGCAAAAGCAGAGCCUAUCGAAGCAGAGGAAAACAGCCAGCAUCUACAGAUUGAGUUUAUCGACGAAGACGAAGUAUUAGCCAUGGCGGCUGCUGAGAGCGCUUAUAGAUUUCCAGCUAAACGGCCUCUUCCUUUGGUAAAAGGAUUUAAUUUUCCCAUUUCAGACGAGGAUACCGUGGAACUACUCGAGGCGACUGUCCAGGUAAACGCUCAAGUUCGGGAAGAAUAUAUAAAUCUUCUGAAAGCGAAAAAACCCCAAUCGGUAAAAGUAGUCAACAUUUUCCAUGCACUAUUUCAAGAUGAAGCGAUGUAUGGUUACAAUUUCUCCGGUAUAUGUCAUCGAGGUCCCCGGAGAAAAGCGAUGCAAAACUAUACCAUUUUUGUGGAUUGCAUGCUGGAGGCAUGGCAAGAGCACGGAAUUGACGAAACAGCACUAAAAGAAGCUCUAAGCUUGGCAAUUAAGAACAUCAAUGGCCGGAAAAGAAAUCGCAAGUACUUUGCGCGGAAGAAAAUAAGGAACAAAAAUUCAAAUCACAACGUUUGAUGGGUAUUGAGGAUGACAUAAGCAAAAAAUAUUUCGUUGUAGAAAAUAAUUAAUUUUAACGCUAUAACGAUAAUUCUUUAGAAAACAUGUCAUGUUAGGCAAUAUUCUCAAUAGUUUCUCGUUAAAUCCUAUUUUCAGAAA